AUUUUACCUAGCUGAAUUUAUAGCGAAGUCCUGCCGAAAUUGCGAGAAAGCACUUCAUCUUCUAAGCUGACGGUUGUAGAGAUUGUGGUAGUUGCCAGCAUUUUCACUAAGUGUUAGACUUCGUCGUAGCAAACCAGAUUGUGAUAGCAAAGAUGUCGUCUGAAGGAACGCUAAGUGUUGGAGGAGGAGAGGGGGUGAGGGACGUUAGUUCGAGCUCGAGUUUGAGUGGGGGAAGUGGGGGUAAGACCUCUGUUAGUGGGGGAUAUGGGGGUCAAGAGGGUAGCCUUCUCCCAGCCAACAUUUUAGAGGUUGGUGACAACCGAAGGAAGUGUUAUGACGAGAGUGACGAGGUAGUGGGGGAGGUAGUAGGGAGGCGAGGAGCGAGCGUGUUCGGCUCUAAAAGACCAUUGGAUGCCACUAUACGCGCACUACCUGGUAGCUGGGCUCCGGUUCCCAAUUCCGAAGUUGCUAGUAGCGCUGCUGAAGGAAUAUGGGUUGGGGUUAACGCAGGGGGUAGUGGGAAGGAGAAGUGGUGGUUUUACUUCACACCUCGGGUAGCUAGAGGUAGGAGUAGGAACUUGUUCACUGCAGGUCCUUCCUCCGUUAAGGGGUGGAAGGAAAAGUUUUUCUUUGUGGAUGACACGGAGUGGAGGAGGGGGGAUGGGGAGGUAGAAGAGCUCAGUAGUCCAGAGGUGGUGGAGUCGUUUGGAAUCUAUGGAAGGAGCUCGUUGAGCCAAGAAGAAAUGAACCGUUUGAGAGUUAGGGGCAGACUCGUACGACUGCCAGAGAAGAGGCCUCACCCAGGUGGUGGAUCUCGAGCUGAGGUGGGGCCUAGCUCUGAGCCCAGAAGGGGCGCGACUGAGGAGGUCGUUGCCUGGAAAAGGCCAAGGGUGGAGGAGGUGCAGCCUCUACAAAUUGAGGCCCUGGUCGAGUUCGUACCUCGACCUCCUCCCGUUCAGAUUUACCCAGCACUUCGGGAGGUAGAAGCUGUGGCAAUUGGGAUGGGGAAGAGCUUCGUUCCUUACCCCAGGCAGGUUGCCAGCUUCUAUGACUCUGGGAGGACGGUUACGAAGCACUUCAUUGGCUCCCACUUCCCCGAGGUGGAUCUACAGAGGGCGAAGGAUGAAGUGGCUGCCAAUGGGGGGUCGGGGACCGUAAACUUAGUGAACGCAAUGGCGGUUGAGUUCUUCAACUGCCUCCAAGAGCGGAUUGCCUUGGUGAAAAAGAACGAAGAGCUCGGCCGGCAGAAGGAGGAGACGAAGAAGAACUUCGGUGAAUUGACCUGGGGGCUGGAGAAGGUCAGGGAGGAGUUGGCCAAUUCCAGGAGGGUUGCUGAGCUGGAGGAGCAGAAAAGGAAGAAGUGCGAGGAGGCACUUGCAAGGAGGGAUAGUGAGCUGGCCGAAGUGAAAAAGGCAGCUGAGCUAGCGGUCCACAACUCUGUGGAGGAGCACGUUUCAAACUUCGUUAAGUCUGCCACGUUCGCCGAGGUGGUGGACCUUUACCGUUUGCCAACGCUGGUAAUGGCCUUCGUUGACUGCCAUAAGAAGGUGAAGGUGCAAAAUCCAGAGGUGGACGUGACAAGCAUCACCUUUGGACCUGAGGAGGCAAGGGUAGAGGAGAACAGGGAUAGCAAGACAGCGAAGUUCCAUCCUGAGGUUAAAUUGACUUGGGAACUGGACGAGGCUAGGAAAACUAUCCUCCCAUUGACGUUGGACUUCGAGUUCGUCACCGUGGAUGAGGAGGAGGCCGAUGUGGCACCGAGAACGGAGGUGGCGGACAACAUACGAAAUAUAGAACCACUAGCAAAGGCUUUUAGCUCAGGUUCCCACAGAUGGCGCCAAUGUAGUUGCAAAGAACUAGGAGGUACUCCGGAUCUCAAGUCUUCACUUCGGCUAUCCUGCAAAGCCCCAAGGUUGGUUUUCGGGGUAGACACUUCGAUGCUUAGGCCUUCAAGGGGGUGUCCACGUGUUGAUCCUUCCGAGAAAUCAGGGCAACAGGUGUCAAACAUUGCAGGUGCUUCUCAUGAGGGACUUGUGUGUGUACGAAACUACUGUGGAGCAGGAGUAGAGGGGACGAGCUUGCAUGCAACCGAGCUUGCAUGCAACCGAGCUUGCAUGCAACCGAGCUUGCAUGCAACCGAGCUUGCAUGCAACCGAGCUUGCAUGCAACCGAGCUUGCAUGCAACCGAGCUUGCAUGCAACCGAGCUUGUCGCCCUUCAAUUAGAUAAAGGUAGCUAGAUAUUGGGAGCUGCUCUGACUGUCUGAAGUUGUGCACCACGGGCAGCUGUGAAGUGCG